GGGGAUGGAGUCUAUUUACAUAUAUGUCUAUGGGAGACAAUUUCCCGGUGUCCUGUACGUGGAGAGCGCCCCCCGGCGGUGUGAACCGGUGACGGGAACAACUAACAUUUCUACAUGGCAGUACCUAACCUUCCCAUCAUUGUCGUGUAUACGGACUGUAGUAAUCAUGGGGGUGGGGUCAGAAUGGCUGAUAACAGCAAGCAAUGGCAGUAUUCUUCUAAAGGCUGAGAUACAUAACUUUAACUUGAAUGGCAGGGUAUGGAAAGUCCAGCACACUUAUAAGUGAUGCAGACACAUGGGGUGGGCCAUUUAGGAUCUAUUCACAGUGCCGCCAAAAUGUUCCAAACUCCUGUCACUAAUCUUGAGAAAAUACGUAAAGCACGGAAAAGAGUAAAGCAGUUGUUGCUACAGAUUGGUCUAGAAGCUUGCAAAGACAAUUUUGAGGAAAUCAACACUUAUAAUCCAGGAGACACACACAAUUCCAGUACAUCAUGGGAGGAUGUCUCGCUUUGGGAAGCUUUUGGACGCAGAAAUGGUUACAGAUCAAAACAGUUCUGCUGUAGUCUCUGCAAUUUCUCCACUAGACUGCUUUCUUCAUUUAAAAGUCAUCUACAACGCUACCACGAAGAUGAGAAGGACCAGGAACUUAUGUCGGCUUGUCCAAGCUGCCCAUACACUUCACAAACAAAGAAUGUUGUAAAGCAUAUGCGGAUAUUUCACUCUAGUGUUCGUAAAGUCCCGUCUGAAAAAGAGAGCCCAAAUACAGUAAAGUCAGUCAAGUUUUCUUGUUCAAAAUGUAACUUUACUGACAAUCUGUAUUAUACCUUGAAAAGGCAUGUUCUUCUGACCCAUCAUCAAGCUGAACUUGAAAAUUACUUUGGGGAAAAGUCUGAAAAUGACCUCAAACUUUCUUCUGUAUUUAAGAUCAGUCCAGAUAGGUUUUAUUGCAAAAAAUGCAGUUGCAUUACUGGUAAUCGUGAUGCUUUGAUGUACCACAUUUUAACAUCGGACAAACACAGAGAUCUGGAACUUAAACUUAGAAAUGAUAUUUCUGAUAUUAGUCGGCCACGUGUUAGAAAACCAUACAAAAAGUUUCCAAGUUCCACUGUAGCUUAUCCGCCUAAACCACCAGUGUUGCUGCAUAAUGCCACACCUGUAGCUCAUCCAGCCACUCAAGAUGUAAAAGUGCUUUCUCUUCCACAGAAUGGUCCUAAUACACCUUUGUUAGGAACACCCAACCCCCCGAUUCAGAAAAUGCUACCAGUAGCCACAGUUUCUGAUCCUGCAGCAGGUUUGGGCCAGAAAAGAUCUACUACGCUUGCUCCUUCUGCUCAGGUCGGGUUUGUUACUGCUCAGCUUCCUCAAAACCAGAGCAUUACCCUUCAAGCUUCUCUUCCUCAAUCUGUCUUCCUGGCUCCAAGAUUUCCUUUGAACCAGCCUGUUACUGCAACUGUGCUUCCUUCAGGAGGUCAGGUUAUCACUGGUACUCAGGCUGGUGUGAGCUCUGGUGUUCUGCCCAUUAACCAAACUUUGACUUUAAAUCAGUCUGCCGUUUUAACCUGUCCACAGGGUUUGCAGUCUGCUGUAAUAAAUAUGAGUCCAGGAGUGAGGCCUAACAAUGUUGCAGGAAAUCAACCUGGCAUUGCUCCAAAUACAAUCCUUACUGCCCCCAUACUUAGACAGCUGAUACCAACAGGGAAGCAAGUGAAUGGCAUACCAACAUAUACACUUGCUCCUCUCUCAGUAACAUUGCCAGUUUCUCCAUGUGCUUUACCUGCUGUUACUCCACCCAAAGUGCCAGUACAGUUGUCUCAGCCUGAUAAAGGGAUUCAGGUUUCAACUUCUCCUGCUAGUGCACCAUCUCCACCUGCUGUAAAGGCGCAAACUGUACCCCCAAAGCCCCCUAAACCUACUGCUGCAAAAAGUCCAGUCAUUGCUCAAUCUAGAGACAAGGAGGCUAAGCAGUGGAAGACAUGCCCUGUUUGCAAUGAACUAUUUCCCCCGAAUGUGUAUGAGGUACACAUGCAAAUUGCUCAUAUAAAACAAAAAAAUAGUCCUAACAAACCAACAGCAUCUUCCACCAACAAAGAGGCAAAGGAAACUGUAGUCAUAGCAGCUCAGGCACCAUUUUUGAAAGUCCUGAAUGAAAGAUCAAUUAGAUGUGUUACUUGCAAGACAUUUACCGAAGAAGCCGAGGUGCUGAAACACCUACUUAUGCAUGGCAUGGUAUGCCUUUACUGUAAAGCAGUGUUCUACGAACUAAGAAACUUUAUCUACCAUAUGAAAAUUCUACAUGUAGACAAAAAGAAGUUGCAUCGUGAUUUUGUCAAGAAAGGUGUCACAAUAUCAAGUGAUGCUAAUGGUGAUCCACGUUUUCCUCAUUUUGAUUUUACCUUUACUGUGUCUAGAGAAGAGAUUGGAGACACAGAGAUGCGUAUUGCAAUAGUUACUGGAGCUAACUUAAACACAGCUACUCCAAUUUACAUCAAAGUACAAUAUAUACCAGAGUCUUGUGGUUCAGAAAAUCAGCAAGCCUCAAAUUGUCCAUUUUGUAAUUGUGCUUUGUCAAGGUCUGAGGUAUAUGAGAACCAUUUGAAAGAAAAGCAUCAUAUAAUGCCCACCGUGCAUACAAUACUAAAGACUCCUGCUUUUAAGUGCAUUCAUUGCUGUGGUGUUUACACUGGCAGCAUGACCUUGUCAGCCAUUUCAAUCCAUCUUCAGCGUUGUCGCAAUGCGCCGAAAGAUAGUACCUCUGGAGCAGAGUUGGUUCCUGAAAAUAAUGGUAAGCAUGUGAAAAAGCAAAACGAUUCUGGUGAUGCUCAGGGAGUCUCCAGUGAAUCCAAGCACAAUUACAAAUCUGGUUCUAGUGCAUCAAGAGACCUGGUACCUUCUAAAAGGAGGAGGCUUGAUGCCAAACCAGAUUCUUUAGAGUCUUUUGAAACGUUGCCUUCUCUUGACAUCCUCGAAAUGAUUCCAGACUCUAGUGCAACGGUGUCUCAUGAAUCUAAGAAAGAGUUUUUGUCAGAGUAUUUCCACAAAAAACCAUACCCCAGCAAGAAGGAAAUAGAACUGUUGUCUGCUUUACUUGAAAUGUGGAAAAGUGAUGUAGCUUCAUUUUUUGGUACAAAACGUUAUAUAUGUUUGAAAUUUCUCCGAGGUCACAAACAGAGAGUAUUGCUGGGAUUUAAAAUGGCUGACCUGAAGAAAGUACAGCAUGACAUAGAGCUCUCGGAAGACUAUUAAGUACAUUUAGUUAACAAUUGGUUGUAAUGCCAUACUCCUGAUCAGAAUGCCGAUGUCUUCUGUAAGUUCUUGCUAAAAAGCCAGGAGGAACUGUUAACACACUUUUAAAUUGUCAGUUUGCAUUUUUGUUUUCCCCUGUUCUGGUGCUCUCAUUUAUCAGCUAUUAAGGUGUGCACGUUCUAAGUGACCUCUGUAUAAGCUUGUCCCUGUCCAUAGGAAUGCUCCAUUCUCUUAAUAUUCUGUUCAGUUUCCCAUUUGUACAUUUUGAUUUUAAAUUGUUUUGUCAUUUUGUAUUUCUGUCUUCAUUCAUGUUUGACAGCUCUAUUAUCACAAUGUGUGCACACUUCAUGGCUAAAAUGUAUGUCGUCGACAGUGGUUUUACUAUGCAGUGUUGGAUAAUGGAAAGUGUAGCACACAGAAUCUGCACUUGUCCAUUAUAGGUAUAUCAGGGUAAGAAACUAGUAUCAUUGGGAUACUGUAUAGUGCCUACAGCACAUGUUGUUAGUAUUGAGUACACUGUGUUCUUGCCUCUGUUGUACACAACGGUUGCUUUUGCCUCUAGUAUGUUAAAUCUGGUGGUUCCCCCCCUGUUGUAACCAAUGUUCAGCCAUAAUGUGCUCCUGUGUUGGAUUGUUUUUUUUCCCUCAAGACUAAAAAAAAACCAAAAAAAAAAAAAACCUUGGAUAAACCUUUAAAAAUCUACACAAUUCUUUAGUAGCUGUCUUUUCCUGGGUGAAGCGUUUUUUUUUUUUUUUUUUUUUU